AACUUUGCCCGAGUCCCUCUAAACCACUCGUCCACUUCUCCAGAAACUGAGAAUGGUACCCUAAUUUACCACAGCCGCUGCGAAUGCACGAUAGGCUUGUCGCUUCCGUUGACGGAACAGGUCCUCAAUCCGCCUGUCUUCAUUUUGCCUACACGCUACUGGAAGUGUUCAUCUUCGGCGCUUACGACCGAUGGUCCGAUCGGCUACUCCGCCACCCUUGUUCGAGGAAAUGGAAGCCUCAACCAAUUUCACCACAGCCCCUGACGACUACAUAUUUUAUACCAUAGAGUCUGACGAGAUCGAACCGACCCCGACCAUAGACCUAUCCAAUGAGAUUAGUGCGGUUCUCAAAGCGGCCGAAAUUAGUGCAGCGAAGAUGCUUCGAUUGUU